AUGGGGAAAACCCGUGGCCACGAGGCCAACAUGAAGCCAGUCUCCAGCAGGAGGAUUUGGGGCCGGAUGAAAGCAAUCGUCAGGCCUCCAGCUCGACCUGCUGCCUCCGCGACCGCCCCAGGCAACACGAAGACAACAUCGUCUGAUCAGGCUGCAACUAAUUCCGCUUUACUAAACUCUCCGCCAGCUGCUGUAGACACCGUUGAUGAGCUUCCGCAACCCUCUACUGCAACAGGCUCCUCUAAGCCCAAACUUGACGAUGGUGAUCCCGCCCCAUCCAGCUCGACAGUACUUGCGGCGGAUACAGGUGACAAACCCCCGUCAGGUUGUUUAUCCAAUUCCCCUGGAGGAAGCAGCUUAUGGGAGAAAGCCUACAAUGCUGCGACUCCGAACACGAAGAAAUGGAUUGACGGGCUUUUGAAGUCAAACGUAACAUGGAUGUCAGCCAAGAGUACGCAAACGGAGGAGCUCAUUGAAGUUGUUCGAGAAAUAGAAACAAGACACCAAGGCCAUGCUCUUCGGAUUCCAGUAGGAGGAAAACAAAUCCUCUGGAAAGAUUAUGCGCCUCGAGUUAUAUCUUUCAUCAAAGUCAUUGGGAGCAUUACCAUUCAGCUCGCUCCUGCUCCAUCAGAUAUCAUUUGGUCGGCAUUGAAGACGGUCCUGCAGAUGUCUGUUGCACCAGGCGAGGAGCUUGCCGCUGUUCUAGGAUGCUCCGAAAAGGUUCUGAGCAUCGUAAGACGUGGAAAGGUGUAUGAGGCUCUAUAUCUGAAUGGUGCCAACACUUUUGUUCCAGUACAGGACGAUUUGGAGCGCUCGCUUGUUGACGUGUAUACAAAAUCACUAGACUUGCUUGCUCAUGUUGGACAGCGCCUGGCAGGAGGCCAUCGGCAUUUACUUCUUGCGAUUGUCAACCCUGGCGAGGCCGAAGGCCUAAUGGCUAGCCUAAUCAAAUGCGAGAAUGAUGUGAUCACAGCAGCUCAGGCCUGUGAGGUCGUGCGGAGCGCCGACGCGGACGAGCGUUUGAGCACCAUGUUGAACAGCCUCAGCGAGCCAUUGAGGCAAACAAACGACAGAAUUCGUGACUUUCUUGAAGAAGAAGUCAAAGAGAACGACAUUAUCAAAGCUUUGAAAUCUUUGAGCCCCAUCAACUUCGGAGAUCAACAUCGCAUAAGGGCCGAACCGAGGACCCCAGGAACCGGAGAAUGGCUAUUACAACAUAAAAAAUUCCAAGAAUGGGAGCACAUCCCGGCGUCGACAAUCCUGUGGCUCCAAGGUACCAUGGGUAUGGGGAAAUCGUUCCUUGCUUCCAAAGUUGUAGAUCGAUUUCUUCUAAAGACUGAGCAACUCUUGGAAUCGGUGAACCUCUACCCUCAAACUGUCAUUAUUCUGGAUGGUUUGGAUGAAUGCAUUGCAGAGUCAAAGGAUAAACUCAUCACCCUUUUAGCUAAUCUUGUCAAGGAUGCUCAGCAUUCUGUCAAGAUUUUUAUCUCUAGUCGACGGGAACAGGAUAUCGUGAAAUUACUCCCCGCUGGAUCAAUCAUCGAGAUUGAUGCCAAUGAUAACCGGGAUGAUAUCCAAAAAUUCAUUGAGGAAAAGAUGGAAGAGAUAGAAAUGAGAGGAUCGUGGGAAUCCAUCUCAAAAGAGCUAAAGUCAGAUAUUAAAAGCACUCUUUGCAAAGGCAGCGAUGGCAUGUUCAGAUGGGCUUCUGUGCAGUUGGAGCAACUAUCCGAAUGCCAACAAGCCAAGGAAAUCAGAGAUAGGCUUGGAAAACUUCCAAUGUCUCUAAACGCCUCUUACCAUGAACUCUUCACCGGGAUGAGCAGCCACAGCCAAGAAACACUACGGCGUACAGUCAUGUGGGUGAUGUGUGCUUAUGAGCCUUUAUCAAGCAGCCGGCUACUUGCUGCUGUUCGGCUCUCCAUGCACGGCGACGGAGAGAGCCAUGAUGUAGAAGAAGAACUUACAGAGGAGACUCUUCGCUCAAUCUGCCGCCACCUGGUUGUCAUAGAUUCUAAGCGAGAUGUAUGGAAGUUCCCGCAUGCAUCGGUCAUUGAAUACUUUGAGACAACGCAUAAGUGGACAAUGGCGAAGGCACAUUCUUUUGUCGCCAAGCACUCUCUACUCUGUCUCAUCGACAGCUAUUCUAAGUGGCAGCUGCCCUCACGCUUUGAAAGAAUUGAUGGAGUAUCAACAACAGACCACAAGAGAGAUCCCCAGCACCCGGUCAGCUAUUUUCAAGAGUAUGUGGGGGUCUAUUGGUUUCAGCAUGUCCACAGCCUUGAAGACGUACAACCUCAUGACCCUCAACUAUCACGACUGGUAAAGCGUUUCAUGGGACUCAACAGCUCUCUUCAACAGAGCAGUCAGCAGUACCGCCGUUGGCUUGAGCACAGGCAAAACGUGCACGCAACUGGACUUGUGCGUAAAACAACCAACUUUUCUGAUCUUUUCCCCUUGACAAAUCCUAUUUUUGGUGCCUGUGCUUUUGGUCUCUGUCGUGUUUUACAGGACUGGUGGUCAGCUGGUGUCGAUGUCUCACAAAUCAACGGGGAAGGGCUAGACCUGCUCGCAAUCGCCGCAGGACGUGGACACCGACACCUUUGCGAGAAGCUGAUAGGCCUUGGAGCAGAUGUCAACAGGGUGCUCUGCAACGGGGAGACGAGCGCCCUGAAUGAAGCAACGACUCUGGCAGGUAACCUGGAUGUGAUACGAUUCCUUCUUGACAACGAUGCCGACCCAAACCUCCCUUUGGAGACCCCUAUCCUCUAUAGGAGCGCGGCAUACUGUGGUCUAGCAAUUUCCGAGGCCCUUCUAGAAGCGGGCGCCAAUCCCGAUGUACAUUCUCGUCUGGGCAGCCCUCUCGAAAUUGCUGGAGAGAGGUCGGAUUACGAGCUAGCAGAGCUCUUGAUACAGUACAAGGCGACUGUCAAUUUUUACACCGCGGACGGAGUGCUUGGGAGUCCCCUUGCCGCAGCCGCUCAUGGAGGGUCAAUCGAGCUUGUUCAACUGCUGAUAAAGCAUGGAGCCGAAGUGAAUGCUCCUCUAACGCAUGGCAUAUACAGAAGUGCUCUGGCAGCAGCGUGUUUUGGAAAUGGCGGCGUUGGUAUGGUACAGUAUUUGAUCGAAGAGGCUGGUGCGGAUCCGAACAUCAUAUCCACGAAUCCGCCAUCAAUUCCUCCUCGGAUUUAUUAUGCCGACGCGGCGUAUGAGAGUGGGAGAUAUCUGAAAGAGAAUGGCCAUGUGGUGGAUGAAGAUGUUUUGAGAAAGGCUGGCAUGGGGCGAUGA